AACCGCUCUUUAACCCUUGCAGCCACACCACCAUGGAUUUUCAUUUUCCUCCACCUCCGGUAAAACCCUAAAAGGCCUGCGACUUAUCAAAAUCUUUUAUCUUUCUUUUCCGGUCUCAGUCCUGUUCUUUGUCUGUCUGUCUCUCUCUCUCUCUCUUUACUAGGCGGGCUCUCCGAUCUGCAAGGCGUUACGAUUUUCUGCGCCACUCCGACUGGUAGGCCUAAUUUGAUUUUUGGGUUUUGACCACGGAGGAGGCCGUUUGGUGGGAGAUUUCAGUUGGAUUUGGUGAAAAGUGUAUUUCUUGUAGAUUUAGUCAUAUAUAAACCAUGAAGAACGUUGAGCGAAUAGCCAAUUUGGCUUUAUCAGGUUUAACGUUGGCACCACUUGUUAUGAAGGUAGAUCCAAACUUAAAUGUUGUUGUGACUGCAUGCCUUACUGUUUAUGUGGGUUGCUACCGAUCCGUAAAGCCAACUCCUCCUUCAGAGACAAUGUCUAAUGAACAUGCUAUGCGUUUUCCUUUUGUUGGGAGUGCAAUGCUGUUGUCACUAUUUUUACUCUUUAAGUUCCUAUCGAAAGACUUGGUUAAUGCUGUGUUGACCUGCUAUUUCUUUGUUCUUGGGAUCAUUGCGCUCUCGGCAACAUUAUUACCUGCUAUUAAGCGUUACUUGCCAAAGCAUUGGAAUGAGGACCUUAUCAUAUGGCGUUUUCCAUACUUCCGUUCUCUGGAGAUUGAGUUCACAAGGUCUCAGAUUAUUGCUGCUAUUCCUGGAACCUUUUUCUGUGCAUGGUAUGCUUCACAGAAGCAUUGGCUGGCCAACAAUAUAUUAGGUCUUGCCUUUUGCAUCCAGGGAAUUGAAAUGCUUUCUCUUGGGUCAUUUAAGACUGGUGCCAUCCUAUUGGCCGGUCUUUUUGUGUAUGAUAUUUUCUGGGUUUUCUUCACCCCAGUUAUGGUUAGUGUUGCAAAAUCUUUUGAUGCUCCCAUAAAGCUUUUGUUCCCUACAGCAGAUUCUGCACGCCCCUUUUCUAUGCUUGGACUUGGCGACAUUGUAAUUCCUGGUAUUUUUGUAGCUCUGGCUUUGCGAUUUGAUGUGUCUAGAGGAAAAGAGAGCCAGUACUUCAAAAGUGCGUUUUUGGGUUACACAGUUGGUUUGGUUCUUACAAUUGUUGUAAUGAACUGGUUUCAAGCUGCUCAGCCUGCGCUUCUUUAUAUUGUACCGGCUGUUAUUGGAUUUUUGGCAGCACAUGUCAUAUGGAAUGGUGAAGUCAAACAGUUGUUGGAGUUUGAUGAAUCAAAGACUACCAGCAUAUCUCAAGAAAAUGUUGAUGAGAAAUCUAAGAAGACGGAAUAAAACAUGACGCUCCAGACAGUGAAAAAUCUCCUGGUCAGAAGAAAUACUGCUUUUCUUUUUUCUUCUUCUUCUUCUUCUUUUUUUUGUUUUUUUGUUUUCUUUUUUUUGGGGGCUCUUUGAGGCCCCUAAAGCUCUCAAAAGCUUUAUCUUGGCUAAUUUAUGAACUGCACACCGUUGUAACAGAUUUUGAAACAAGGAUGAAAAUAAUAUUUUAGCUUCCUUAUAUAACAAGACAUACAGCCUUUUAGA